AAAAGAAAAACAGCCCUCUGAUGAAGAAAUACAAACGCUGGAUGAAUCUGCUUCUGAAUAUCAUGAAACUUUAAACCCUCGUAGGACGUUUAGUAUUUCUAACAGUACAUGAAAUAAAGCAAAAGGUGAUGUAAGUGUGUUUAAAAAGCUCAGUAACACUUCCUAAUGUACAUAGAAACCUUGUUUUUAUUUAUUCUCCAAGUUAUUUUGACAGUUUUUAUUAAUUAAAAUAGUGAAGUAUAUAACGACGUCAUCUGCAUACAGUGUAAUUUUAAUGCUGAUAAUUCAACCCUUUGAUAUUUAUACAUAAGUAUUUUGUAAUAUUCAGUUGCUGUUUGACGUGAUGUCCCAGUGAGAUUUUCCAUCCAAACACUGAAGUGAAAUAUUGCAUUUAGACCCUUUGAUGUAUUUCAAAAGUGUAGUAACAGGAUUCUUUUAGAGUUGGAAAUCGGGCAGACAGAGUGGGGUAUGACAUUGCGAUAAAGGAGCCACAAGCUGGACUUGAACCCGCGUUAGGAGGUUUGUAGCCUCUGUCUAUAUGGGCCACGACCUAACCACCAGGCCAUCUUUGCCCGACUCAGUUUGUAAGGACGGCGGAGAGAAGCUUUGUACGCCUCAUUUGGUCUGACAAUUGUCAAAAUCAACCGUUUACCUUGUAACGACUUCAUUUCAAUUUCAGUUUAAUUUGACUAAAACAAACACAUUAAAAUGGAUUAAAAACUCACUCGUGGUCUGUUCAGCAGUGUUUUUUGCACUGAAGUGAGACACGGUGUGAAUUACGCAGGCGACAAACUGAUGUUUGGAUCCGGCACGAGGCUGACAGUUCAAACCCGGGAGAAGCACGAGCCGUCUUACCACAAACUGCAGGGAAACGACUCGGCGGCGUGCCUCGCCACCGGAUUCACCCAAAUCAACGAAGUGAACGAGACGCUUUUCAAAGGCACGGAGGCCGUCAGGAUAUCCGACGGGUCUGUGUACACCCAGGUUGCUGUCCUAACAACUGAAGACAAAAAACAAAAAUGUGAUGAAUUGGCGGCCAGCUCUGGUGACUGUGGAGAUCCUUUGAAUCGAGACCCGAUGGUCAACCUGAUGUCUCUGACCGUCGUUGGCCUCAGGCUGAUCUUCAUCAAGACCAUCAUCUUCAACGUCCUGAUGACCUUCAAACUGUGGAUGAGUCAGUAAACUUUGCAGACGGCCGACAGAGAAAAGCUCGAGUGCGAGCUGCUGGAUUCAGAGAAAGACUCCGAACCUUCGGCUUCAUGUCGUCUUUUAUUUGUAUGAUGUGUAAUUAAUUGUAUAAAUAUCAAAUUACCUGAUACUCUGUUUAUAUAAUCUUACGUUCAAAGCCUUCUAAUGUCGUCUCUGUGAUGUUUGAAAACUAGAUUUGUUGCUUCUGAUGAAUUUUUGAUCUCUCUGUUAAUAUCACAUUUGAAUGAUUGUCUGCCUUAGUAAAAAAUAACUCAAGAAAUGUUUUUAAAACUGCUCUCUGUGUGAUGAUGUGAAAUAAAGUCUGAAAUAAUAAAACAC